AGCGAUGCAGCUCACAUCUGCCACUCUUCUUGUGGCCGGCCUGGCCGCCCAACAGGCUUCCGCUCAUUUCUCUUGGGCUCUUGAUGCCGGCAAGUUCAGCACAUGCAGCAAUGCCGACACCCAGUGUUCGACAGAGCAGCACAAGGGUUACGACUGGACUGGUCUUACCAUUGGCCACCCCGUCACCAGCUACGGCGCCAACACCUUCUCUGGCGGCUGGACUUGCAACAGCAUCAAGUCCAAGCGUGAUGAGCUGACCAAGCGUACUUUCAACAACAAGUGCGUCUCUGGUAAGCUCCCUUCAUGGGGAUCUUCUGGCUCAUCCAACUACGGCGCUGGUAGCCUUUCCAUUGGAUGCAGCGGCGAGAAGAACAAGUUCUCCAUCUCUGAGAUGCACAUCUCUUCCACCUACGACACUCACGUCGACUGCCACUACAACAUGCCUGAUGGCUCAACCUGCAAGCAAAACGUUCCUUGCCAGGCUGGUGGUUCCAUCAUCAAGAACACCCAGUGUGGUGGUGCCAUUUCGGUCUCUUUCUCUCAGGGCAAGCCCAGCUCUGGUAGCACUAGCUCCAACAAGGGUGACUGCAACCUUAACAUCCACUCGGUUGGCUUUGCUUGCGGUUCUGGCUCCUCUUCUACCAGUGUCUCUCUUCCCUCGUCGGUCUUGAUUCCUUCUUCCUCGGCUGUCUACUCUUCUUCUGAGUUUGUAUCUUUCAGCACCGCCUCGCCUGAGACCACAUCUUCUGAGACUACUUCCGCUGAGCUGCCUUCAACCACUCCCUCAUCCGUCGAAAUCGUCAGCAGCACCGUCGUCAUUUCGAGCGGUAGCGUCGUGGUUCCUGGAACCUCGGUCCCUUUCCCUACUGGAUACCAGAACCAGACCACCACUCAGCCUACAAUCGGUAGCAGCUCGGAAGCUUCUCCCGCCGAGUCUACCUCCUCUUCGGUCGUUGUCCCUAUCGGCACUGGCUACUACCUCUCGGCUGCUAGCAGCGUCGUUGUCCCCCGUCGUCAUCCCCGUAGGCACUGGAUCUUUCCCUCCUCCAGCACUGGUGUCUACGCAAACAGCACCGUUGUCUCAUCGGCUUUGACCUCAUCUGCCGCCAGCCCCGCACCCUCGGCAGACUGCCCUGGUGUCGUUCCCAGCUGUUUGAACACUUACCUCCACAACACCAAGUGCGCCAACAACGCCGAUGCUGAUUGCUACUGCAAGGAUGAGGACUUCAUCAACAGUGUUUACCAGUGCAUCGACGCCUACGGUGGUUCGGAUGAGAACGUUUCUCAGGCCAUGUCCUACAUGGUUGGUAUCUGUGCCAAGGCUAUCCCCUCCAACCCUGCCAUCAUCACUGCUGUUCCUUCGAGCAUUGAUAUUCAGCCUUCCUCGUCGACUGUCAACGCUGCCACUGGCUCUUUGAGCUCUACUGUACCCGUCGGCUCUUUGACCUCGGAUGUUCCUGCUGGUUCUUUGACCUCCGAGGCCCCUACCAGCUCGGCCACCGACUCGAUUGUUUACGUUACCGAUGUUGUCAAGAGCACUCUUACUACCUGCCCUGUUGGAGAGACGUCAGUUCUAUCGGUUUUCAUGAUUUUGAUGUACCCACUAACAUGUUCUAGUAUCACUGCUUCGGGCAGCACCACUGUUCUGACUGCUCCUUCGGUUAUCCCCACUGUCUACACCACUAAGUCGACCAUCACUGCCUCUAUUAUCUCCUCGGUUACUGGUGCCCUUCCUUCGGGAGAGUCUCCUUACGAGACUUCGCCUGUCCAGACUUCGCCCGCUGAGGCUUCUCCCUCUGAGGCUUCGCCUGCUGAGACCACUUCGUCAGCAUCUGUCCACGUCCAGGUUCCCCACACCGUUACUCUGUUCAGCACCCAGAUCGCCACGAUCACCUCGUGCGCCCCUGAAGUGACCAACUGCCCAGCAACUUUGUCAACUUCUUUGAUCCCCACUGGCAGCACUACUAGCAACAUCUGGAUUCCUGUCACCUCUGCUCAAGAGACCUCUCCCGCCGAGACCAUGCCUGCUGCUUCUUCGGGUGUCUACUCUGGUGUUGUCUCGUCUGCCGUUGAGAUCCCUGCCACUUCUGCUCAAGAGACUUCUCCCGCCCAGACUACCUCCGCUGGUGUUUCUUCCGGCAUUUCCUCAGGCAUCUCUUCUGGUGUUAUCGCGUCCGAGGUUCCCUCAGCCUCGAGCCCUGCUUCAUCUGGUGCUUACGAGACCUCGCCUGCCGAGACCACUCCCGCAGUUUCUAGCGCUCCUUUGGUGCCCAAGACCGUCACUCUGUUCAGCACCAAGAUUGAUACUAUCACCAGCUGCGCUGCCGACAUUACAAACUGCCCAGCUCGUGUUUCAACCUCUCUGAUCGCAACUGGUGUCACCACUGCACCUGCCGCUUAUGAGACCGGUGCUGUCCCCGCCGUCCCUGAGGUUCAGAGCACUGUUAUCGUCACCGAUGUCGUCAAGACCACCGUCACCACAUGCCCUAUUGGAGAGACUAUCACUGCUUCAGGCAAGACUACGGUUCUGACUACUCCUUCCGUGAUCACUUCUCAGAUCACGAUCAAGAGCACCAUCUCGACCACCGUCCCUGCCCAGACCCAGACCGUUGUCUCGCCCGAGUUUUCUUCGGCUGAUGCUGUCAUGCCCUCGUCUGCUGCUGUCACAUCCGCACCCCAGGCCCCCAAGACUUUGACCAUCUACUCAUCAGUCGUGGUCACCAUCACCUCAUGCGCUCCUGAUGUUACCAACUGCCCAGCAUCGAGCACAAUCAAGUCUACUUCGUUCUACGCCGUCGGUACCACCGUCUCGGAAGCCCCCAUCGUUCCUGGACCUUCGGAGGUUGCUCCUGCCACCACAGCUCCUGCAGUUGUCUCCAGCAGCUCUACCCAGCCCAAGACCACCAUCACCUACUCUUCGGAGCUCGUGGUCCCCUGCACCUACACUGCCGGUGAAUCCCAGGGUGCCACCAUCCCCAACUCCAUGACCACUUCGACCAUCCACCGCACUCUUACCGUUCCUCAGGUUCAAUUUAUCACUUCGACCGUUGGCGGCAAGCCCACUGUUGGUCUUACCUACCCUUCGGCCGUUCCUGCCACCACCACUCCUGAGGCUAUGCCCACCAGCUCCGCCGCAGAUGCGGCCACUCCCGCAGUUUCCGCUGCCAGCUCAGGCUUCGCUCCCAAGUCAUCUACCUUGGCUAGCACUUACAACACUCCCGCUCUGCCUACUGGUAGCCCCAUCUCCUACACUGGAGCUGGUGCCAAGGUUGGUGGCUCACUCGCUGGCCUCGCGCUCGCCGCCGUUGCCGCAAUCUUUGUUCUG